AAGCCUUCCACCACAAACCCCCAAUCAAUCUAACAAAAUGGAUCCUCGCCACCACCACCAACCUGCACCUCAUCAUGAACCACCACCACCUGUAGUCCAUGUCUCUCACCACACCCCCCACCAUCAACCAUCACCACCACCGCCUGUUGUCCAUGUCACCCACCACACCACCCACCAUACACCAAAGUACACCGACAAUAAACCCACCGUUAGGUUUUACAGCAAGGCCAAGCCUGACUACUCACUCACCAUCCGUGAUGGUAAAGUCAUUCUUGCACCCACCAACCCUUCUGAUCAUCAUCAGCAUUGGAUAAAGGAAGAGAAGUUUAGCACGAGAGUGAAAGAUGAAGAGGGUUAUCCCUCUUUUGCUCUGGUCAACAAAGCUACUGGACAGGCAAUGAAGCACUCUAUUGGUGCCACCCAUCCAGUUCAGCUGACUGAAUACAACCCAGAUAAGCUUGAUGAAUCUGUUCUCUGGACCCAGAGCAAGGAUUUGGGUGAUGGUUAUCAUGCAGUAAGGAUGGUCAAUAACAUAAAGCUUAAUGUGGAUGCAUUUAACGGUGAUAAAGAACACGGUGGCGUACAUGAUGGCACCAAAAUCGUUCUCUGGGAGUGGAAGAAGGGUCCUAACCAGAGGUGGACCGUCGCCCCAUUCUGAUAUAUGGGUGCAUGGCGCUACGUUCAUCGUCAUGGUGAUGCUGAUAUGUAUGUUUGAGUGAUGUUUUCAAUGUUGUCACGAUGUAUUUGAAUAAACUCGACAGUUGAACCGUUACACGGCUCAAUGUACCGCUAGUACGUGCUUGACACAGUACAGCCGUUCGUAUGACAUCUUCUAAGAAAAUAUAUGUACUGAGAAUAAUUGUUGUAGAAUACCCUUCGAUUGCAUUUUCAGGUGCCCUUUUUCUUGUAUUCCAAUUGUCCGUUUUGUCCUGCCUGUUACCUUAGCGGUAGGAUGGUGCGCAUCUAUAAAGGUGGUCUCGGGUUCAAACGUGGGCACCAACAGUUUAUGAGAAAUUGACGAUUAAAUAUACGGUGUGUAGUUU